GUUUUAUUGAAAGCAAAAUUAGUAAACUGGCCAAGAACAAUAAUGCCCGAAGUUAAUUGCAGUCAUAAGGGUAAUUAAAACCCCAGACAAAAUUGCACACAACUCCCUUGGCCAGCAAUACACCCGAGUGAAAUGCACUGGCAUUUGGGGCUGACCGGUGUAUAAAAAUAAAAUUACAAUUCCAAUUAUAAGUGAGGGAAUUGAAUGUGGCCACGUCACAUGCCCGCCGCUGACGUGUCCUUGCCAACUUAGUUCGUCCAGGUUGACCCAGGUUAUGCGGCCGGUCAGCGUUAUAAACGGGGUGGGUUCUGUUCAGGUUCUGUGCUUAUAUCUGCCCAGUGAUAUCUAAUGGGGAAGCCAGCGGACAGCGCUCUUUCAGACCCUUCAAUGCCCCAUAAUUGCCGGCCAGGAGCUGGUGGGGCUGUAUUUUUUAUCGCCGGCGGGCCAUGUAACUCUCUUAUUAUUAGCAAAUUUCAUUUGCAUUCAUUCACUUUUCGGAUGUGCAACUCAACACUUGCGCGGCUCGGUUCUCCACCGACAUUCAAUUCCGUCGCGACAUCGAGGAGCCCAAAUACGAAAUCGAAACCACCGCGAAAUCCUGUCGGAAAGGGGCUAUUUACUAAUGGAGAUUUGUUUGUUGAUUAGUUCGAUUCCUGUUUACAAAUGUAUCUAAAUUAUGCUGGGCUGUGAUUUCAGAACUGGAUUCAUUUUCCAAUGGUGGGACAUGCACAGUGGGGCGUAUUACCUUUCUGUCAAAAGUUUAUUAAAGCCAACUCCACGGAAUCUGAUAGGCUAAACCGGACAUUCGAUACCACAGCCAAACAAUAACUAGGCUUUUGUAUACAACUUUCAUUUAUAAUAAGGAAACGGAAAGCUGCCUACUGGCAGUUCUUGGCACGACAUGGUCGUGUCCGAAUCAGAACCCGAGUUUCUGUCUGAAUCUGAACCUGAACCUAUGAGUGAGCACCAGGCAGCUAUCGACGGAAAUCUUGAAAACUUGCUUAGUACUUCUACUCAUGAAGAAGGGGUUGAUUUGAAUGCUGAGAGUGACGUGUAUCAAAAAGAUACCAACCAAAAAGCCGAUAAUCAAGACGACAUCGCUGAACCCAAGGAUCUGGAUGAAAGUCAACCAGAUAUUAAAAGUCCAACAAAGGAAGACACCACAAGACCUCUUGUUCUAGAGGAAAGGCACUCGUUGUCCAUAGCGGAGACAAAAAAGCGAAGAGCCAGUGUGUAUUCCAACGAGUUGCUUUUUAUACCCAAGGAACUGGCUCGCAGCGAACUUCAGCAGCGCACAAGGACCCUCAGCAGAUACGCCAAGAAUCGGGAAUACCACCUGCGAAUGUUGAAAUUUCCCGUGGGAUCCGGUCGUCCUCGUUACGUGGCCAAGCAAAUGAAGAAAGAUCGGGAUGAUAACCAUCCUAUAUCCCAAGAAACCGAUAAUGAAUUCGAAACGAACGAAUACCCUGUAGACAUAAAAGAGGAAGAGUUCGCAGAGGAGCCUUCCGAGGAAAUUCAGGAUUUAGGGGAGCAACCCCUGAAUAUGCCCGAUUUGAGUGCUGAAUGUGAAGUGAAGACUCAACUGCCGGACGAUGAAGAAAUCAGCGUUAUGUUGUUCGAUUUGGUGAAGCAGGAGGUCGAGACUAACGAUUCUUCGGAGGAGGAGAACCGAAAAAUCCUGCAGAGCCAGCGGGAAAGUGUGAUAAGGACCAGCAGCACUAGACGUCAGCAUUACCCCUACUUAUGCUGGCACAAUCCUCAAAAAGAAGACCUCCACUUUAAGAUGGAGCCCAUGACGCAAUGGGAGACCAAAAGUGAGCCGGAAAUUCAAGAUGGUUAUGAUGAUACGAACAAUUUAGAAAACGCAGAAGAUGCGGUGGAAGACUUAGCCGUUCCUGAUCAGGUUGAAGAGCCAUCGGAAGUGGAAAACCAGCAACCAGAGACAAUCAGUUACUUGUAUGAGCCCGCCCAGAACCAGUUAACCACUGAAAUUCAGGUCGAACAGCAAGUUGCUGAGGAAGUGCCUGCCAAUAACUUCAACCCUGCAACAUCCGGAUCCCCUGAAGACUCGGAUCAAACAGCCAAUUCCCUACUACGUCAGCAGUUAAUCCAUCACAUUGUCCAACCAAAUUUGUGCAACGAGGAGGUAUAUCAAUCCAUCAGUUGCAACAACAAUGCCGUCGAUCGAGUAAAUCAAAAUCUCAGACAACAUCAGUUUGUAGGUCCUUCGGUUGCCAGUGAACCAAGUCCUCAGUGGAACCCACCAAAUCAAUCAUUUCACAAGCAGCAAUUCCAUAUUCAGCAGCAAUAUAUGCAGCAACAACUCCAUCAGUCGUCCAGCCAACAGCAACAAGAGGUUAUUUACCAGCAACAUCAGCACGAGACGCAGGAUAAGCUGCAGCAAAUGCGGGUCAUGUACCAGAGGAUCAAGUGCCGGGAGGAGGAGCAACUGCAUCAGCUGGGCAAGUCCCUGAAGAAGCUACUGGACGAUCGAAUGUCCUGCGAACGCCAUCACGCGGAGGAGAAACGAUUGUUCAUGCUAAAAAUGGAGCAAUUCAAGAAGAUGGAGGAAAAACUAAAGUCAGACAGGGAUCAAAUAAAGCGACAACUGAGAUCCGAUUUAAGAACUCUGGAGCUGAGAAUAGCCGACCAGCAGCGCCAGCAGGAGGAGAAGGCUUUGGCCUGGUCCUGGCAGCAGCAGCAGCAACAGCAGCGACAGCAAUUUCUAGUGCAACAGCAAUCCCAACAGCAACAGCAACUGCAGCAGCAGCAUUUUAUGCAUCAUCCACACAGCCAGGAAACUUAUCCUGCAAAUCAAGAGCCAUAUAUGCAGCAUUCCUUCCUCUACGAUCCGCCACCUUAUUUGUACCCAACUGCCUAUCAGGAAUCCAUUGUGUAUCAACAGCGCAUACAGGCCUAUCAUGAUCAUCAGCAGAAUUACAAUGCCGCAGAAUCGCAGACCACAGCAAUUGAGUUGCAGAGAAGACUGCUCCUGCCACCGCCUCCAUAUUGCCAAUCCAGCAACAGGACCUCCACUGAAGUUAGUCCUACUUCGCGGAAAGUGAGACAUCGUCCAACCGCCGACCAAAGGUCAGAUCCCUAUCCCAGGGCCCAACUAAGAGGUCCUUUGCCACCCGCCGCAGAGAUUAUGCAACUCCAGAGAAACCCAAGGAUGAGUCCACCCGCAGCCCAAGUCCACGAACCCAGAAACGAACCCUACGGAUUAACCUCUGUCAUGACGAACUAUGUCGCAAACUGCAUGAAUAUGCGUGCUGAAAGAUAAUUGCAUGGGCGACAUUAACUGAUAGUUACUUGUGAUUUAAGUAGGAACUCUUCAAGGGUGUAUAAACAUAAUUAAAAGAAAACUGAAUGUGUUAAAAUGGCUCAUUUCUGUCCUUAUAUUUUUCCUUAUUACUGUAAAUAAAUUAAAACCAAAUUAAAAGUUAAUAUUGAUUUUUAAAGGUGCUAUUACAUACACUCACAAAAGUAUUCGUCCAGAAUUUAAA